CCCGCGAAGCAGCCGUGCUUUUAUCGGACCCCCACCCCAAAUCCCCCAAUCCCUACCCGACCAAAAUCGAAGCUUCCACCAAACGCCCGGAGCCCCCCUCGUGAAGCAGCCCGGAUCGAAUUGCGGCCGUCUCGAUCAUCUGCUCGAUUCGACGCCGCCGGACGAUUUGGGCGCGGAAUCCGGAGGGGGGAAUCUGUGCGCGCGGGCGGAGGCGAUCGUGGGGAGCAGCCAUGAGCGAGGUAUUCGAGGGCUACGAGCGCCAGUACUGCGAGGAAUCCGCUUCCCUCUCCCGCAAGUGCACCGCCGCCUCCGCUCUCGAUGGAGAGAAGAAGAAGCAGAGGCUCUCCGAGAUCCAGUCCGGCGUGCAGGAAGCUGAAUCGCUGAUUCGGAGGAUGGACCUGGAGGCCAGGAAUACGCCGCCUAGCGUGAAAGCGGGUUUGCUAGCUAAGCUGCGGGAGUACAAAUCUGACCUUAACAACCUCAAGAGCGAGCUCAAGAGGAUCUCGGCGCCCAAUGCCAGGCAAACUACCAAGGAGGAGCUCCUUGAGUCUGGCAUGGCUGACACACUCGCGGUGUCCACUGAUCAGCGAGGAAGGUUGAUGAUGACAACUGAAAGACUGAAUCAGUCCACUGACAGAAUUAAAGAGAGCCGAAGAACUAUGCUGGAGACAGAAGAACUUGGUGUGUCGAUUCUUCAGGAUCUUCAUCAACAACGGCAGUCACUACUGCAUGCUCACGAUACUUUGCAUGGGGUUGAUGAUAACGUUGGAAAGAGUAAGAAAAUCCUGUCGGCAAUGUCGAAGAGGAUGGACAGGAACAAGUGGAUCAUUGGUGGAAUCAUUUCAGCUCUUGUUGUGGCCAUCCUUAUCAUACUCUACUUUAAGCUCGCUCACUGAGCAAGCCAGGUAGGUCCUCCAAAUUGUAUGUGUUGAGUAAUUGUGUGAUAAGGUUGUCUGAACGCUGUACAUUGGACGACAUGGAUUGUUCCUCGGAAGUUCAUUGGUUCCCCAAACAUGUUUAUAAAUAUUUGAUGAGUGGUUCAUUGGCAUGUCAUGUAUAGCAACACUCGUGUCAGGAGGUCAGUUGUGCCCGACCAUUUUAUGAUGUAAAACUGUUCAGAAAAAACAAAAGUGAAAAAGAAGAUCGCCUGUGUUUAUACAAAAGUCAGAUGUGCCCGACCA